AUGGCCAUCGGCCGCCGCCCUAGGCUGGUCACCUUCGAAGAAAGAGAGCUUCAGGAGCAGUUGGAAGAACUGGAGGAACGCCUGCAGGACACGUCCGAGCGCAAGCCCUCCUCCGAGGGCAGCGUGGGGCACCGGCGGCAGAGCGUCACAGGGGAGGAGGAACUGGGCUUGCCAACCUUGGAACCCGCGCGCAAUGCCUUGGAUGAGUCCGUCUUCUUGGCCAGCGCUGCCCAGGCCAUGGCCUUCACGGACUUCGUGCAACUCACCACGGGCGCCGCCAAGAUCGAACGGAAAGCGGUGGCUUUAGGGCAGACCAUGGCAAAGCUGGUGGAGGGCCAGGUCAUUGGGAAACCUGAGGCACAGGGCAAAGAAUGGCAAGCAGUUUGCAGCGACUUAGUCCUCGACAUGGAGCAGGUGCUCGAUUUCAUCAAGGUCAACGGCCUGCCUGAUGGGAUCAUCGAGAAGUUCUGGCAGGAAAAGCAAAUGGAGAUCCGAGCAGCGCAACAGGGCGCCCUGGCGGCGACCGACGCAGAACGGCGCGCGAGGCGAGAGAAUGCCGCGAAGACGCGGAAGCUGGAGGGCAAGUUGGAGAAGGAAUUGCAGGAGCAAGAGAUGAAAAAGAAGCAAGUGCUGGCAGCGAUCGAGGGUGUGUGGGCACGUGUCGACAAAGGCGCACCAAGCAAGGAACCAGCCUCUCCCCGCGGCGCUGCGCCGCGGCCCACGGUGGCCGCACCGCGACCCACCAUGGUGGCGCCGCGGGCCACGGUGGCGUCUUCCGGUCCAGGAGCCGUUAUGGAACGCAUCUUGCUCCAGCACCGGAGCGACAUUGAAGCGGGGCACAAAUGUCGCAAGGAGUUGCUGCAGAAGAUCCGAGACUUGGAGCAGAAGCUCAGCGAGCUCGUGCCGGACGAGCACGAUGCCGGGGUGCGAGGCAAGCCGGCCGCCGAGCUGAUGCCCGGUGCGCCCGAAGCGGCGGAGGAGGCGGAGGAAGUGGUGGAUUGGAUGGGCCUCAACCGACACAGCGCUACACCGGACUCGAAGAGCGCCUCGGAACCCCGCUCAGGACGCUCCACGCCCGGAUUCCCACGGCAGAUCAGCGACAACGCGCGGCAGUCCCCAGGUGGUGAUGAGAAGAUCGAGGAGGAAGCAUCCAGUAGUAGCAGCUCGGCAGAGGAGCCACAGGCCUUGGUGAUGGACCCUUGGAUUUUGGCGUUUCCCUUCGACGAGCCGGCUUUGGCAAAGAAGAAGUUCGACUUUUGCAAAGCUAACAAAAUCAAGCCGCAGAAGCUGCACGACAUGUCGCGGCAGAAGAAGUAUCAGUUCAUGUUGAGGCGCUUGAUGAAGCAAGAAAAGCGAACCUUGGCUUUGAAACAGAAAUUGCUCUUGAAGUUCCUCACCGGAGAUGAGUUGCAGCGUGCAAAGGCGCAGAUGAAAAAGGGCCCGACAGACUUGGAGGCGGAGAGUGAGGCGGAUCGGCAGAAGCUGCAGGAUCGGGAGACGAUGAUCAGCAAGUUGUUGACCUUCUGGCACCGACGCAUGAAGACCCUGGAGGACGACCAAGAGUCUGAACGGGAAGCGUUCCGGCUGAAGGUCAAGGCCUUGCUCGAAGAUAUUCAUGCCUUGGCGACCGUCCUGGAAAAUGCCGCGCUGGCCGAGAAGCGGAAGCAGCGGAUCAAUGCUGAAGAUCUGAUCCGGCUGCGACAGCAGAAGGCCGAGGAGGCGGCACGGCAACAGGCGGAAGAGGAAAGAGACCGGACGAAGACCUAUGAGGCUCUCCAAGCCGCCCGGUCCAUCGAGGACAAGGGCAGCAUGUCGGCCUUGCAGAAGAUGGCCUCCUUCGCUCGCCGCACCAGUGGCUCGCUCGAGCAGCCCCAGGAGGAUGAUGCCCUUGAGCGGAUGCGUUUGGCCAAGAUGUUGCGGUCCUAUCUCUCGGAGCGUCAAGAGCAGCCCGGCGCGCGGACCUCUUCGUCCCAGCCCGGCUCGCCUGACUCUCCCGGGACGCCGUUGAGCCCCGGCGGAACUGGCCGCCGGGCGUCGGCCCGGAACCGCGGCGAUGAGAGGCGGCGCCUCUCCGCCGAGCCGCGGUCCCCGCGCGCGCUGAGCCAGGAUGAAGAGCUGCAAAUCUCCGCGACCACCUUCCACACACGCAGCAAAACAGGCGGCGAAGUGGAAGAGGUCCCCACCAAGACCUUGACCACGGCGAACUUGCAAAUGCUGGAUGGAGAGGAUCCGAAGACCAGAAGGACCAGCAGCAUUGCAACAGGCUUGAUGGGUGGCAGGCGUGCGAAAGGCACGGCCAAGAGGAAGCCCAGUGUGGCACAGCGGGACUCGAUCUUCGCCAAUCCGGCCGCCAUGUCCAGGCGUAUCACGGGGGAGGCCGUGUCGCUGGCCACCAUGUCCGCCAAUACCAUCGAGGUGACAUUGGCCGGCGUGAACGCACCAGAGAGGGAGAAGCCAGCAGAGGCAGCCAAACCCAAGGAAGCUGAGCCAGGCGUUGCGACGUCCUCCUCCGCGUCGGCGCCCGGGACCUCCUCCGCGCCGGUCUCGCAGAGUUGGAGCUUUGGACAGUUCCCCGUGGUGGCGCCCACACCAGGCGUAAGCAAAGGAAAAGAGCUGAAAGGAAAACUGAAGGGCCGCGGCUCGCUCUCAGGUCUCGGAGGCGGCGCCAACACCCUUCAGAUGGGUGUUGGUACGACACCUCAGGGGGGCACCACGCCCUCGAGGCGCCAGUCGCACCGUCCCAGCCGCAGCGCCUCGAUGGCCGGUCCCAGCACUCCGGGGACGCCGGACUUGUCCCCCGCUCAGAUGAUGCUGACGGUCUCUGGGAAGGAGGAGGCACGGCGAAGCCUCACGUUACCAGGAAACUUGAAGAGACCCGACUCUGCCAGGCGGAGGAAUGCGCAAAGCCCGAGCUUGCAGCUACAGGGCUCGGCCAGCCAGCCGGGCAGCCGGCGCGGCUCUGCCGAGGGGGACGAGGAAGAAGACGUCCGUGCGGAGAUGUUCCUGAAGACCGGCGUUUGUUCAGCGGAACACAGGGCGGUGCCAGGCGACUGCCAGGUGGAAGCGGCAGAGACCAAGCGAACCUUGUUGGAGCUGGGCGUGCCAGGUCAGGAACUCCUGGGCGAGGACCAUUGUCAAUGGGAAUAUGUGACGUGUGAGUUUCUAGGCUGCCACGUUAUUGAGCUCUACUGCCGGCAUAGCUGUCAAGGCCGGCUCCCGAAGGAGCUCAAGCUGAAACACCUGAUGGAGGUGGACUUGUGCAAGUCCAACGUCACUGGGGACCUCGCAAGCUUCCAACACACCCCCAAGCUCACGCGUCUCUUUUUGGACAAGUCGCGCAUGGGAGGCGACCUCAAGGAUUUGGAAGCGACCCCACUGCUGGAAGCCCUUAGCCUGGCCCAGACUCGCGUCGGAGGCGACAUUGCGGCCCUUGCGAAGUUACCAGCAAUGCAAAGCGUGCAGCUUCAAAACACCCAGGUGGAGGGAGAUGUCAAGGUGUUUGCAGCCUUUGGAGCUACGUCAGACCUGAUGGAGGUGAACUUGGCUUCGACCAAGGUGCAUGGCAACUUGACACACUUCACAGGUGCUGAGGACCUACAAAGGUUAGACCUCUCCAACACCCAGGUGACGGGGACUUUAGGACCCAGGACUUGGCUGGUGAAGGGUGAAGAGCUACAGGUGCUCAAUUUGGCAAAUACCUCCAUAACCUUCGAGUUUGAUCACAAGUACAGCAUCCUGCCCAGAUUGGAGUCUUUGAAUGUCCAAAGUUGCGAUCUCCGCGCGGACGUCAUGCACCUGCUGCACUCCUUCAGUCGUUCCGGCUCCUUGCAAACGAUCAUCGCCUCGGACGCCUCGCUCAGUGGGGAACUCCUGGCGCUCAGCGGUGCGGUGCCCAUCUCGAAGUCCCUGCUGACGUUGGACCUCUCAGGGAACAACAUCACCAGAGUGUGGCGCAUUGCUACCUGGGCCGAGUUUGGCCGGACCUUGACUUUACUACAGAGGCAGCAAAGCCCCGUGAGAGUGAGCAAGUAUGUCUUGGAGGCGGCGGUGGCCUCGCAGACCGUUUUUGACUUGACGGGCACCACCUUGUCGCACCGUCAAGAAGCGGCUGGCGAGCUUUUCGCCAGCGGUUUGCUGAAGAGUACCACAGAGUUUGCGUUGCGCGAUGAGCAGGGGGGCUUCGCAUGUAAAAACCUCAUUGCGGGGAGUCUUCGUGUGACACCAUCGCUGUUUCUGCCCGAGGAACUUUGCAGGUGUUUGCCUGGCUGGUAUGGGCAUGGAGCGCAGUGUCGUCCUUGUCCACCCAACACCUGGAAGGACAGCGUCACCAACGCUGACACGUGCCACCCGUGUCCAGCCAACAGCACGUCCUUGGAGGGCUCCAGCGAGUUGCGUCACUGUAAGUGCUACUUCGGAGAGUUGCACAACGGCUCCUGCAGUUGCAAUUCGCAACAUGGUCUACAGGGCGACAGUUGUGUGCCAUGCAGCAAGCUGAACUUGCAAUGCAGCCAGCCUGGAAGUAUCCUUUCUACAGCGGUGCCUGAGCGCGGCUUCCUACGCUUGGCGCCCGGCGCCGAGGAGGCACGCCGGUGCCCCGCGCCGGCCGAGGUGCGCUGCUCGGGUGGACACCGCUGCAGCGAGGGCUACAACGGCACGUUGUGCACGAGCUGUGCCGAGGGCUUUUGGGCCAGCGGACCACGCUGCCGGACCUGUGCUGAUGCCAGUUCCAUCUCUUUAUGGAUCCUCUCACUGCUCGCAGCCGUGGCGCUCCUUGUUGCCCUCCUCGUCUACUACCGCAGCCGCCUCUCGGGGUCCGAGCGGCGCAGGUCGGUCAGCGCUCGAGAACUCCUGCAGAAACUGAUCCUUCUGCAAGCCCCAGUCCUCCUCCAAACCGUGCAGCUUUGGAGUGUUUUGACGCGCUUGGCCACGACAGAAACGACGGAGCAGCGCGACGGAGAGCGCCUUCCUGAGAUCCCCUAUCUCGAAGCCUUGCAGCUGACAGCCUCGGAGAUGCAAAAUUCCUUAAACCUCCAGUGUCGCUGGGGCGAUGCCGCCGCCGUGCGCGCCUGGGCGGCGAUGAGCUCGCCCUUGGCCCCCUUGCUGUUGCUUGCGUGUUGUGCUGCUUUCGAACUCUUCCGCGCUGGCCUGGGCGUGAAUAUGGCUCUCAGGACCCUGACCUUUCUCUUCAUUGGUGGUGCAUCCUCCACCUCCCGCCUUUUGAGCUGUCAGAGCGUCGAUGGAGACGGGCACAGCUUGGGCGAGUGGGCCUUCCGCUCGGCAGUACCGACGCUUCGGUGCUCCAAUGGAGAUGGCCUGGGCUUCUGGGUGGACCUGGUGGGCUACAGUUCUGCUGUUGCAUACGGCCUUUUGAUCCCACUCUUUCUGGCUUGCCUAAUGCUUUGGCAGUCCUUCGCUUUGCAGGAAGCACGGCUCAUAUAUGCCCACGCCACCGUGGAGCAUGAGAAGAGCACGUUGCAACUGCAAACUCUCCAGGGACGGAUGUCCAUGGAUGAAGUACUUCCCAAGCGCCUGCUCGCGGCGGCCGCGGCCCAUUUGUCGGUCCAUUGCCGCGGGGAGAUGCUCGUGAACUUGGAGGACGAAAAGGUGGUUCUCACCUCGUUGGGGCAGCCGCAAGGUGAUUUUUACGAGGAGGAACCAAUGGAUCCGAUGAAGCUCGUGGCUGACCAGCAGACAGCCAAGAACUUGGACAGGCUCCGCAGCAAGCGCCUCUUCGAGAUGCUCUUGGAGCGUUUGAUGCUCGCAGAGGCCCGUGGCAGCGAUCGGCUCCUGACGGGCGCGCAGCCUCUCUUGUGGCCCAGCGGUGGAAGCGAAGUGGAAGGGACCGGCUGA